AUGCCCGAGAUGGCAGGGGCGGAGCGCAGGUUCGAGGGAAGGCACCUUCUCCAAAUAGCUCCGAUGAUGGAGGUAACCUACAAGGACUUCCGCUACUUUAUGCGCCUGCUGUCACGACGCGCCCAGCUCUGGACAGAGAUGGUCGUGGACGACACAAUUCUGCACAACACCGAGACCGAGAAGUGCGAUCGCUUUUUGAGGUACAACGAGGCUGAGCACCCCAUCGUCUGCCAGCUAGGAGGCAGCGACCCAAGCAAACUUGCUCAGGCAGCAGAGAUCGUGCAGAGGUAUGGCUACGAUGAGGUCAACCUCAACUGUGGAUGCCCCUCCAGCCGCGUAGCUGGCAAAGGCGAGUUCGGCUGCUCCCUGAUGAAGAAGAAGGAUGUCGUUCGAGAAGCCAUCCGGGCGAUGAGUCGCGCGGUGCAGAUUCCGGUAACCGUCAAGUGCCGUUUGGGUGCAGAUGAGUUUGACUCGCCCGAGUUCACUCGCGACUUCGUGAGAACCGUUGCCCAGGGCGGCUGCAAACAUUUCAUUAUCCAUGCGCGGAAGGCCUGGCUCAAUGGGCUGUCACCUGCGCAGAACCGAACGAUUCCGCCGCUGCACUAUCCAAGAAUCCUCGACCUUUGCCAUCAGUUUCCAGAUCUCAAGUUCAGCAUCAACGGCGGGAUCACUGAUGUGGGCCAUGCGAGAGCACUUCUGGGUUUCCCGCAUCAGCGUUUGGAUGGCGAAACCGAAGAGCUUUACUCCACAGCUUGGGGCUGGCCGGGUUCGGACGUCUUCUGUGGGUCUGCGGAGCCGUGCCCAGCUCUGCCGCCGAACCUUGAGGGUGUCAUGAUCGGCCGGGGCGCUAUGAACUCUCCCUGCAUGCUGUGGGAUGUGGAUCACAGCCUGUAUGGUGAAGAGAAGCGGAAGCCGAUGACACGCCGUGAACUUCUCGAGGGCUACAAAGAGUAUUUGCAGGAUGCACAUACGGAUGGCACUUCCGUGGGGUCGAUCCACCUGGCUUUGAAGCCGACCCUGGGAAUUCUUGCAGGAAUUCGCGGAAACAAGGCCUACCGUGCUACUGCAGACAAAACUAUGCGGCGGAAGGAUGUUGCUGAGAUGGGCCCUGCCUACGUUCUGGAAGCCGCUAUCCAAGCCGUAGACGAGGCAAAUCCAGGUGUGCUGGAUGAAGCUCUGCCCGCUACGGUGGCAUUCAGGCAACCGCCUGCAGCAGACACCCCGCGUGGACAGAAACGCAAACCAGCAGAGGUGGUGCCUUCAGAGGCGAUGGACUCACAGGCGGCGUCUGAGAGUGGAUCAUGCGCUGGUCCAAUGGAAGCUGUGCAGAUGGCAAGCCCAGCGCUGCUUGCAGCUUGA